CUUGAAAUGUAGAAAAGGAUUCAUAAUAAUCAUGGCCCAUGUCAUGGAUAUCCACGUUUGUAUUUACUAAAAGAAUAGAAGUAACCUGCUUUUCCUUCUUAUUUCUGAUUGCACCAAUUAUUUGGUGAAAGCCCCAUCGAUAGGAAAUAUGGCUACAAGAAGCCUUACUGAAGUUUUCAUUUUAAUGAGAAACAAUGCCUUACAGAGCAGGCACAUUUUCUCUGAACAAGUGAGUAUGAUGAGUUGGAAAAACUGAGACUGAAGUGAUUAUUGAUUAUUUGCCUAAUUAACUAUAUAAAUACUAAGGCUAAAAUGAAUACUUUUAAAUUUGGGCCUACAUUUAUGCUACUAGUAAUUAACAGUUAAGCCUUAGGCCCUUAAUUCACAUUAAAUUAGCCUCAGCCUAACUCCACAACGUUUUAAUUUUAAGUUAUUCUUGGACUUGGUCACUUAGUGUAGUGGUAAAUUCAGAUAACUACAUUUUAAAAAAACUCACCAUGAAAUGAUCAAGCCAUUAUGGUACUGUUUACACAAAAGGGUAUUAAAGGCCCAAACUAAAUAAUAACUUAAGAUAUAUAAUUAUAUAAUAUAUCAGUGAGUGCCUUUGCCGCCAACUCACUGAACUGACAAGACAAGAACCCUUGCGUUAGCCUAAGUUUAGCCGCACAAGAAACUGCAAACUGCAAGUUGAAUUUUACACCAAGAGACAUAAUAUAGUUGCUAAUUGGAAUUGAACAUCUAGAUCCUGAUAAUAUUGCUUUUAGAUAGUAAUGCUUUUAGUAGCCUACUUUUACCAGAUUUCAACCAGAAAGUGCAAGUCCCUAGGCUCGCUCUGUACCCAACCUUUAAAUAAUGCAGUUCACAUUUUCUUGUGACUUGUGAUAUGACAUUAGUUCGCUGGACACAUAUUGGACCUCUUCUCUAUACUAGCAGUAUUACGAGGCUUCACAUUCAAGGGAUUAGAUUAUAGUCCAAAUUUAAUUCACAAUAAUAGAAUCUCUUCUCAGGUUUCUAAAUAAUAAUUUUUGAUUAAUUUAUUUUGGCACAGUUCAAAACUACCUUCUUUAAAAUACUUCAUUGUUGAGCUAUUGUCUGCAACCCUUACUCACCAUAGAACCACUAUGUUUUAUUGAACUUAGUAUAAGUAAUGUAUGUAAAUUACAUUGUAAUGCUCACUUCAUAAUCUUCUUAGUUAGAGAAAACACUGCUUAUAAGCCCACAGCUUAGAGGAAACACUUGUGCUUGAAAGCAGGGACUGGGUAGACUAGCACUAAAGAAAAAUUUACAGCCCACAAAAUAUAUUUCUUUUUUAAAGGAGCAUUUUCUGAUGGAAUAGUUUCAUAAAAUGUAACAGAGAAAAAUAUAUCAAAACUGAGUCUAAAGGGGGAAUCCAUAAUUUAAUUUCAAUAAGUUAUGAUGCUUGGAGGAUAAAAUUAAAACACUUUUUUUUUAAGUAGACCAAUAUUUUAAAUUGAAGAAAACAUUGCAAAAACAUAAGUAUUAAGAGGCAGUAGUUAAUUGAUUCAUUUAAAAAAAAAAAUUAAUUCAAAUUCAGACAGCAGAUGAUCGCACAUCUCUUAUGUCCAGUGCUCAACUGGACCCAGAACUUGGCUUGGCUGCUGCGCGGUCUGGCACUUUACCCCCUGACUGGUGAGAAUCAAAAUCUUGCAUAUUAUUAAGUUUUUAUGGUAACAUGAAUUCAAAAUUGCAAUAAUGAUUUUUACAAAAAUUAAAUUAAUUUUAACUUCCAUGUUCAAGUGUAUCUGUUGUCUCAACAUAUGUUGCAACUGCUUGUUAAGUUCCCGAGAUUUUAUAAAAUUUGCAGUCAUAUUUGUUUUUCUUGUUUCUUUGAAAACAAUGAAAGCCUUGCCUUAAUGUCAUUUAUUGUUAAAAGGAUGUAAUAACUAACUUUUACUUAUGUUUUCCUUCUCUUGCAGCUCUUAAUAUUUUUUUUUUUUUUUAAAGUUUUAUUAACCUUUCAAUGAAAGCAAUUUUUUUUAUCAAUGCAAUUAUAGUAUAGUGAUGUUACCAAAUGAUUUUAAAAUAAUUUGAAUAAUUGCAAUUCAACAUAUAUUAAAGCUAUAAGAUUUGUUUUUAUUGGCAAGUGUAUUAUUAAAUUUUCAUAUCAUUUACCUAUUGGUGCAUAUUUAAAAGUUUGUAUAAUUUGAAAUAGACAAAUUUUCUAUUCUCUAAUCCAUUAAUUUUGUCAUAAAAAUUGUUUAGUGUGUGAUACUGAUUUUCAAUUAACACAUUUUAUUUCCUCAGGAUUGACAAGCUAACAGAAAUUCAGUUUGAAUUUACUAAGAUAAAAGAAAAAAGUAAGUCCAGAAGGAUGUAAGUUCCCAUCCCCUUUUUCCUGAUUAAGAAAGGGAAAAUACUUGCAAAUGGAAAGAGGGUAGAUUAAAAAAUACAGUCGGGAAGAUGGUGCAAAUUGUAGGAUUAGCUCCAAUUCAUUGAUAUCCGAUCAAUGGGCAGGACAGCACUCAUCUCCCACAUGAAAGGGAAAAAACAUGAAGAUAAGCUUAAAUUUUGCCAGUCAUCUCUAAUAACAGUGUUCACUAAAAACUCUACCUCCUGUAGAUCCCAUUGAAUUCAGCUGCACACUUUGAUACUGUUUCUACUUCUUCAAAGUCACAGUCAACCUUGUCCAAUUUUGUUUUCUAAAAUGAUACACUAAAUGCUGAAAUUUUUAUGGGCAUUAAAAAUGUGUUAGUUCAAAUUAUUAAUUUUGUUCUCAAGCGGACAUUGUGCCACUAUUUCAAAGGAUGUUUCCAAAUUGUGAAAUUGUAAAAUUGAUGAGCUUAGGUUUAGGGGAAACUAAAAUCAUGUACAUGUCAUGUUUUGGUAUUGCCCCAUAUUUUAUUUCCUUGCUGGAAAGAACUACCAAGGAUUGCCCAUGUGUCCUCCUGUUUGAUGAGUCAUUAGAGAAAGAUCUUAAAAAUAAAUAGCUUGACAUUCAUAUCAGGAUGUGGGAUUAUGAUAAAGUCAAGACUCGCUACUACACUUCGUAUUUCAUUGGUCACUCUUGUGCCUCUGAUGUGUUGGAGUUGGUUUGAAGAGAAAGUAGCAACAGCAUUGGGAUGAAUCAUAUUGUUUGAUUAUUGAUGGAUGGACCUAAUGUUAAUUGGGCCAUAUUUAAUAAAAUACAGGUCAAAAUAAGUAUGAAUUUCAACAAUCACUUAAUUGAUAUAGGAUCUUGUGGACUUUAUACACUACACAAUAGUUUCAAAGCAGCUAUUGAUUCUGCUCUAUGGGGAGUAUCCUAGAUUUUGUCAGUACUGCACACUCAUUUUGUUGCAAUGUGUUGCAAAAGUAGAAAAACUGGAACUUAAAGUCCAUCGACCAAGUUCUAUGAAAUAGUAGAGACUGGAUCAAUAACCCUCUAUCAAGGACAAGACUUGCCUUUAUAAUAAGUCUUGCAAGACCUAUCAAGCUGUUUUUAACUAUAUAUCAAAGUGACAAACCACUUUCAUGGCAAAGCAUUUAGAAAAACUUUUAAGAGGGCUCGUUUUAUUAAACCCAAAACUCUUGAGGAAGCAAAUACAGUAGAAAAACUACCAUACUAAAAGUUGAAAGAAAAUCUGAUAAGUAUUAAAAAUGUAUUCAGAAAUAGAAAUUGGUUUUGUUGCAGAGGGGUUUCUCAGGGAAGCAAAAGUAAAGAAAUUAAUUAGUGACAAAGGAAUUUUGGAUUGCUGGUUGAAAAUUUACAGCAAAGACUCCCCUAGGUAACAAUUUAGUGAGACACAGGAGUUGCCUGGGACCCAGAACAAAUUUGCGACAGGGAUAUGGACUAAAACCUGUCUAGAUUUAGACAUGUCCUGAACAUUUUAGUUUCUCUUAAAAGAGCACAUUUAAAUGAUUGUGAUGAAAUUCUUUCUGUAUUUAAGGACUCCUUGAGUGUUAAGUCAACCCAAUGAAAUAUUAACAUUUAGUAAAGCUGAAGAAAGACUUGAUUGCUUAAAUUCUUCAUUGGCCAAAGCUAUGGCCAAUUAUUAAUAUUUUAUUGCUUCUGUGACUUGGGCAUGCAACUGUUGAGCAUGGAUUUUCAGUGAACCGCAAUAACAUUAAAAAAAACACGUCCCAGAAGGUUUUAGUUAGCAAACAGAUUAUUAAAGACCAUAUUGAAUAUGUGGGAGGCCUUGUUAAUAUUGUCGUGACAAAAGAACUUCAGGCUCCCACUCAACAAGGCAGAAAGCUUUACAAUGAAUAUUUAGAUUUAGAGGAGAGGCAAAGGUGCUAACCUUACUUCUUGCAUAUCUUAAAAAUGUGUGCUUUCAUAUUGCAGUGAAAGAGUUGUCAUCACUACAUGACAAGCAUCUCAAUCGUCCAACAAUGGAUGAUAGUGUUGAUGAAGAACAUGAAAUUGAGAUAAGAACACAACAGAUCACGCAAGUGAGAAAUUUAACCCAUUUUAUUUAACUAAGACUUGCUUUCAGGUAGAGCAUGGCAAUAAAAAAUAAUUGAUCUUGCUGAGCCAAAAAAUUUUUUAAAUAUAGCAAGACCUAAGUUCAAAAAAAAAUAUAUAUAUAUAAAAAAUUUAAGGCAUACAAGUAUAAAAAAAAAAAAAAAAAAAAAAAAAAAUUUUAAUUAAAACAAGAAUAAAAAAAAAAAAAAAAGAAAAAAAACAUUUUAAUUAAGACUUUCUUUCAGUAAAUUUAUUCUUGCUGUACAAUUUUAAAAAUAAAUACACCCAAGUUAAAAAUAAAAUUUAUCCAGAUAAAGAUCAUGAUCCUGAAUAGAGUUCUCCAAACAUUUUUGAUAGUUCCCCCCUACUGACAAAAUAUAGUUUUUAUAGCUUUUUAUUAAGAAAUGCUUAUGAAAGUGUAUUUUUUUAUCUUUUAAUUUAUCAACCCCCAUCAACUGUUCAACAUUUGGAAACCAGGAGCCAAUUUUUAAAACAUAAUCUAUUUUAAAAAAAAUUAUUUUUGAACUUCUGAGACAUUGUAAUGUUUACACAACAAAAAACUGAAAAAAAAUGUAUUUUGUGAGAUGUUAAUUUUACAACUAUUUGUUAUAGUUAAUAUUGAAACGUAUUCAUACUUCAGCUCAAUGUUCUCCCAAAUUAUAAUUUGUUUUAAUACCUGCACUUGCAGAUGUUUUCCCACUGCCAACGUCUAGUCCAACAAAUCAAUAACCAAAGUCACAGAGGAUCAGGCCAUGAGCAGAAACUCACACAAAAUAUAGUGGCAUCAGUGGCAAGGACAAUGCAAGAGAUGUCCACAAAUUUUAGAAAAAGUCAAUCAGCAUACUUAAGAAGUAAGCCCUGCAAGUUCUUAUGUCAUUACUUUUGUCAGUAAUUAAAAUGAUGACAUUUUGAAUGGCUCCUUCCGAUGUUUUGAAUGGUGGAAAUAUGGUGGAAAGUACAUUUUAUUUUUUAAGUAAAAAAGCCCAAAAGCUGAAACAUAAACAUAAUAUUAAUAUCAUAACUUUUUGUAUAACAACUUGGUAUUUUUUACUUAGAAAUCAAGAGUAGAGAGGAACGAUCGCAACAGUAUUUUGGAACCAGUAUCAACUCAGAAUCUGGUUUACUUGGAGAUGGUUUAAGUGCAGAACCAGAUGUUAUGUAUGAUAAGGUGAGGUCACCCUGAGUUUCUUGUUUAUAUUCGCUAAAAUAUAGUACACAGAUAAUUAAUUAUAUUUGAGAUACGCUGAAGGCUUAAUUUUCUCCAUUGCUCGAUGUCAUAUAUUUUUAAAAUAUUUUUUUUAUAGGGACAUCAUUUUAUAAAGGAAAGUAUAUACUUGUAUCAAUAGUUAAUAUUCAACAAAAUGUUUUUGAACCAUAAGUGGCCAUUCAAUACAUCCUUGAUCUCCAUUCUCAGCCAGAUGGGGUCCUGUGCCAUCUGCUACCUCAUUUGUUACCUGGGAGCUUUAGAGAACUCAGUGCUACAUUUGUCAAUCUGUUUAUUUAAAUUCUAUAUUUUGAUUGUUGCUUUAAACACAGGGCUUCACAUCUGUACAAAUGCAGCUGGUGGAAGACAAUACAGAAAUUGUCCAUCAAAGAGAAAAAGAGGUUGCCUCCAUUGUUAGGUCCAUCACAGACCUGAAUGAGAUAUUCAAAGAUUUGGCAUCAAUGAUUGUUGAUCAGGUAUUUUCUAUUUAAAUAAUUCAUCUGUUGGGUUGAAUAACCAACUCUUUUAUUAAAUCUCUCGGAAUUCAUAUUUGAUGUGAGCUGCCUACCUCGGCAGUCUUGGAGACUGUGUAAAUUGUUGGGUUUUUCAAAUGUUGAAAUAAAAAGUUCCUCUUUGAUCAACAUGGGCUUAUCGUAUCACAUUACUUUGAAAAUUGAAUAUUGUCUCUUACACACUGUAAGUCAAUAUUUUUCAUGAAGUAUUUAGUUUGUUUUGUAUAUUGCGUUUUAUAAGUAGAUUAUAAAACUGAUUCUUGUUUUUUCUUUUUUUUUUUUUUUUUUUUUUUUUUUUUUGACAUGAGGCAAACCUUGGGCAAAAAAAAAAAAAAUCUAUUGUUUGAACACAACUAUCUUCUUGUAUAGAAAAGGCAGUUUGAUCUAUGAAAUCAAUAGGAUAAUAAAUUUUAUUUUUUUAAAACAUAUUUUUUUUUUUUUUAAAUUUGAAUUUUCUUUUUUUUUUUUUUUUUUUUUUUUUUUUUUUUAUUUGAUGUAAAAUUUGGGUAAAAAAAAAAAAAAAUUUAUUGUUUGAACACAACUAUCUUCUUGUAUAGAAAAGGCAGUUUGAUCUAUGAAAUCAAUAGGAUAAUAAAUUUUAUUUUUUUAAAACAUAUUUUUUUUUUUUUUAAAUUUGAAUUUUCAUUGCAUGGAUUUCUUAUCACUGUAUUUAUUUUGCCACUAUAAAUUAUUGCAUAUACUUAGAAUAGUUCAUAACCACUCAAUUUUUCUCCCACCAGGGCACAAUCUUAGACCGUAUUGACUACAACAUUGAUAAUGCAGCCACCCAAACAGAGAAAGGACUGGUUCAGUUACAGAAAGCAGAAAAAUAUCAGAAGAAGAACAGAAAAAUGAUGAUCAUUCUAAUCCUGGCAGCUGUGAUAGUCAUCCUGCUGGUCAUUUUUAUUGCUGUGAAAAGCUAGCACAAGACCCCACUCAGUAUUUAGUUGUAAUUAAAAAGUAUCUAUUUAUUUUUUUGACGAAGGUAAACCUCCACCAAGCUAAUAUCUCAGCCUUGAACAAAGUUGAUGUAAAGUUGCCACAUUUAUUUUCAAUUGAGGCCCCUUUUCGGCCUGACCCACAUGCAAGCAUUUAGUCCCAUCAGGUUAUAAAGCAUCAGAUAUUUAGCUCUUUAGUUUUACUUGAACUGGAAGCAAAACUCUUUAUGCUGAUGUAAAUGACCUUGAUUGUGCUUUGUUGUGGAUUUUUUUGGUUUCAUUGAUCACUAAGGGGUUGAUUCUCUUUUCAGAAGGUUUCUUUAAAAAAUUGAG